UGUUCUCGUUGACAACUAAUAUAGCUUAUAAUAGCAACAUUCAUGUUUGGAAUACCUUUUAGUGGGUUGUUGGUUUUAUUAAUCAAGAGUAGGCUGCAUUUAAAGCUGUGGGUUUGAUGCAUCUUAAAUGAUCGAGAUCACAUCAAAUGAAAUACCCGCAAGGGAAAUAGCUACAUGGGUGAUAUGAGUGCCAAAAGAAGUGAUGCCAAGUUAUAUGAAAAGUUCAAAGUGACAGCACCGGAAAUGCUGGCCCAAAUCAUCCAGGUGCUUGCAUUAUGCCAUAAACUGGACAUCCAUGUGCCACAAGGGGUCAAGAACCUCUUCGAGUUCACAUGGGAGGAGCUAACAAUAACGACAGAGAGGAAAGUCAUCAUUGGAGAGUACUGUCCUGUUGUCCAUUUAGUCCGCACCAUGGAAUCAUCUUUCUCUAGCACUCCCUACAAGAGCCAUACAGGGACGAAAUCUAUCCCCAAAAGCACUGUGUCAGAGCCCAGCUAUCUGUCUCCUUCAGCAGAAAAUCAGCAAAUACUCCUCAAGUUUCAGCGAAGGUCAGUCCACCUGCUGAGCGAACUCCUCAAGCUGAAGAUGAAGGUGAUGAUUGAUUCUGUCACUGGAUGUAGUUCCGAUGAGGUUGCCAGAAAGUUUUUGGAGGCAGGUCAGCUGCUAUGUCCCAAGAACCAGGAGGAGGCUGCUGAAUUAAUGGCACAAGCACCCAGAAAAAGAGUGUCACACGGCAGCUGCAAGCCCAUCCCUAUUUCCUCCACCAUCCAACUAAUACACCAAGUCUCUGUGUCCUGCCUCACCUUCUCACUCGCAUCAAAGGAAAACAAACUACCAAAGGCCCCAGGUUCCCCUAAAUUCAAACCGAUGCAGGAAGCGAUAAAUGUUGACCAUCAGCAUGACCCGUGCCCUGAAGCCAGGCAGAAGCUCAGAGAAAUGUGCCGACAUAUAGAGGAAGAGAAGGCUGCAAUGAAAGCAAAGGGCCAUACCAAGCCCCUAAUAGUGCGAAACUAUGGCACUGUGCUCGGGUCACCAUCCAUCUCCUCUAGGAAAGGUGGGCAGAUGGUCCCACUGCCAACAGAACGCAAGCCUAAACCACCAAAGCUCUAUUUUGCCUUUCCUGAUGGGACAGAAUUUAUUUUUUACCCAACAGGAAAUAUUGCUGCUUGCCAGUUCCCCAUGUGCUGUGUGGGAAAAACAAUCACCCUUCUCUUUAAUAAUGCUCCAAAUCUAGCUCUCCUGGCCUCUUUUAUAGCUGACUACCAGGCAUGUGUGCAUUAUUCCUUCAAAGCCAGCUGUUCACUUGCGCUGAUGAUGGAUCUUGAAGGAGGAGCAGUCAGGGACAGAGAUGGAUAUUUGACUCACAAGUGGAGUUGGGCUUCAAAGACCCAGACUCUACAGUCUUUAGAAUUUCAGAUAAAUGAACAGCUAAAACUGAAGGUACUUGGUCAAAAUUCCAUUACUCUUUCUUUUUCCUGUUUGAAUGAGACCGUCAAUAUGUCUUUGUCAAGAGCUCCAUGCGCACACCCCCCCAAAGCUAACAAACGGAUACUUGCAAAAGCAAGUGACAGUGAGAAGAAGGAGCAACAACUGGAGAGAGCCUUGGAAGAGAUUAAGAAGCGAUUUCAGAAGACAGUGAAACAAUUUAUAAAUGCCAUUUUGAUAGCUUCAGGUAUGAUUCCUAUAGAAUAUCCAAUCCUAGAAGGAGCAAAGUAUGUCAAAUCUAAAAGGAAGGAACCGUCGUCUCAGGCCUGGGCUAAAAGAGUGAAAGAAGAACGUGCUCCAAUAGCUUCAGAAACGAAAAGGCCUCAAAAACCUCCUAGCAGACCGAUUGACCGAAGGAUUCCUCCCAAGCCUUCUCGCAGACCCGUGGAUCAAAGGAAACCUUCCAGUCACUUGGAUACCAUGACCCAACCAAAGCCUGCACCAAGAGUUAAAACCGUUUCAGGUGCAGGUGCAUGCCCUGCCAGGACCUGGGCAUCGUCUAUUGCUGACUGCCCAGUUGUGCUCCGGAGGCUACUAUCAAAACAGGACGCUGCUCUGGGUUGCAAGUGUGUCGUGAAAAUUCCAUUUGUUACCGACUUGGAGUUUGACAAGUUUAUUUCAGCCCCCAGAAAGUCUGAUCAGAUCCUGGUGAUCUUUGUCCUGUCAUCCCAAAACCCUUCCUAUUCUCCCUUCUUGGAGUGGAUGUUACAAAGCCUGUACAUGGAAAAACAGCAUGGCCGCCCAUCUCCUUGUGUUCAGUGCAGGUGUGACCCUUACCGCUUGCUGAGGUAUGACAUGGACAGUGUCACAAGACGAAAGCCCCCCCUGCCACCUCUGCUUGUGCGGAAGCAUGCUGUCACUCCGGGAAUGGUGCUGAUGUACGCUGGAGGGAAGCUGCUCUUCGGGGGCUGUGUUUUCAACGGAUAUGGCUGCAGCAAGAAGGACCUGCUGAAGCAGAUCGGCCAAGCUCGCCUCGACUGCAAGAUGGGUCACUUCCUGCCAGAGAGUUUCAAAUUUAGUGCUAUCCCUGUGGAGGAUCCUGACCAGGACAAAUUGAAGAGCCAACAAGAUUCAGCAGAGGCAACUAGUGAAGAGCCUUCCUUAGUGCCCAAGAGGGAAGACACUCCCCGCUCAAAGCUAAAGAUAUUAAAGACUUUGACAGCCAUGAAGUGCAUCUUUUCAAUGCAAGAGCAGCAGCAGCAGAAGCAGAAGAAAAACCAAAAACCUCAGAUAGCACAAGCAAAAGACAGCAGAAAAAAUAGUGACACUAAUAAAUAGACACCCCAGGCCUCUACUUCCUACAGAGAUAUAGACAUAGCUACAUCUUUCUAAACCUAC